AUGCAGCACAUUUUUGCCUUCUUCUGCACCGGUUUCCUAGGCGCGGUAGUAGGUGCCAAUUUCCCCAACAACAUCCAGAUCGGGGGAUUAUUUCCAAACCAGCAGUCACAGGAACAUGCCGCUUUUAGAUUUGCUUUGUCACAACUCACAGAGCCCCCAAAGCUGCUCCCCCAGAUUGAUAUUGUGAACAUCAGCGACAGCUUUGAGAUGACCUAUAGAUUCUGUUCCCAGUUCUCUAAAGGAGUCUACGCCAUCUUUGGGUUUUAUGAACGGAGAACUGUCAACAUGCUGACCUCCUUCUGUGGGGCCCUCCAUGUCUGCUUCAUCACACCGAGCUUUCCCGUUGACACCUCCAAUCAGUUUGUCCUUCAGCUACGCCCUGAGCUGCAGGAUGCUCUUAUCAGCAUCAUCGACCAUUACAAGUGGCAGAAAUUCGUCUACAUUUAUGAUGCCGACCGGGGUUUGUCCGUCCUGCAGAAAGUACUGGACACAGCUGCUGAGAAGAACUGGCAGGUGACAGCGGUCAACAUUUUGACAACCACAGAGGAGGGAUACCGGAUGCUCUUUCAGGACCUGGAAAAGAAAAAGGAGCGGCUAGUGGUGGUGGACUGUGAAUCAGAACGUCUCAACGCUAUCUUGGGCCAGAUUAUCAAGCUGGAGAAGAAUGGCAUCGGCUACCACUACAUCCUUGCAAAUCUGGGUUUCAUGGACAUUGACUUAAACAAAUUCAAGGAGAGUGGAGCAAAUGUAACAGGUUUCCAGUUGGUGAACUACACAGACACCAUCCCAGCCAAAAUCAUGCAGCAGUGGAAGAACAGCGAUGCUCGCGACCACACCCGGGUGGACUGGAAGAGACCUAAGUACACCUCUGCGCUCACCUACGACGGGGUGAAGGUGAUGGCUGAGGCUUUUCAGAGCCUGCGGAGGCAGAGAAUCGAUAUAUCCCGCCGGGGGAAUGCUGGGGACUGCCUGGCUAACCCAGCUGUGCCCUGGGGCCAGGGGAUCGACAUCCAAAGAGCUCUGCAGCAGGUGCGGUUUGAAGGCUUGACAGGAAAUGUUCAAUUUAAUGAGAAGGGACGCCGGACCAACUACACCCUCCAUGUGAUUGAAAUGAAGCAUGAUGGCAUCCGAAAGAUCGGUUACUGGAAUGAAGAUGAUAAGUUUGUCCCUGCAGCCACUGAUGCUCAAGCUGGGGGGGACAAUUCAAGUGUCCAGAACAGAACAUACAUCGUUACUACAAUCCUAGAAGAUCCGUAUGUGAUGCUCAAGAAGAAUGCCAACCAGUUUGAGGGCAAUGACCGCUAUGAGGGCUACUGUGUAGAGCUGGCAGCAGAGAUUGCCAAACAUGUGGGCUACUCCUACCGUCUUGAGAUUGUCAGCGAUGGAAAAUAUGGAGCCCGUGACCCUGACACCAAGGCUUGGAAUGGCAUGGUGGGAGAGCUGGUCUAUGGAAGAGCCGAUGUGGCCGUGGCUCCUUUAACUAUCACCUUGGUCCGGGAAGAGGUGAUAGAUUUCUCCAAGCCAUUUAUGAGUUUGGGGAUCUCCAUCAUGAUAAAAAAGCCGCAGAAGUCCAAGCCGGGGGUCUUCUCCUUCCUCGAUCCUUUGGCUUAUGAAAUUUGGAUGUGCAUUGUCUUUGCCUACAUUGGAGUGAGUGUCGUCCUUUUCCUGGUCAGCCGCUUCAGCCCCUAUGAAUGGCACAGUGAAGAGUUUGAGGAAGGGCGGGACCAGACAACCAGUGACCAAUCCAAUGAGUUUGGGAUAUUCAACAGUUUGUGGUUCUCCCUGGGAGCAUUCAUGCAACAAGGAUGUGACAUUUCUCCCAGGUCCCUGUCUGGCCGCAUCGUUGGUGGUGUCUGGUGGUUCUUCACCUUGAUCAUCAUCUCCUCAUACACAGCCAACCUGGCUGCCUUCUUGACCGUGGAGAGGAUGGUGUCUCCCAUCGAGAGUGCUGAGGACCUAGCGAAACAGACGGAAAUCGCUUACGGCACACUGGAAGCAGGGUCCACUAAGGAGUUCUUCAGGAGGUCUAAAAUUGCCGUGUUUGAGAAAAUGUGGACAUACAUGAAGUCAGCAGAACCAUCAGUUUUUGUGCGAACCACGGAGGAAGGAAUGAUCCGAGUGAGGAAAUCCAAAGGCAAAUACGCCUACCUUCUGGAGUCUACCAUGAAUGAAUACAUUGAGCAGCGGAAACCCUGUGACACCAUGAAGGUGGGAGGUAACUUGGAUUCCAAAGGCUAUGGCAUUGCGACACCCAAGGGGUCCGCCCUGAGAGGUCCCGUAAACCUAGCGGUUUUGAAACUCAGUGAGCAAGGCGUCUUAGACAAGCUGAAAAGCAAAUGGUGGUACGAUAAAGGGGAAUGUGGAAGCAAGGACUCCGGAAGUAAGGACAAGACAAGUGCUCUGAGCCUCAGCAAUGUGGCAGGCGUGUUCUACAUCCUGAUUGGAGGACUUGGACUAGCCAUGCUGGUUGCCUUAAUCGAGUUCUGCUACAAAUCCCGUAGCGAAUCCAAGCGGAUGAAGGGUUUCUGUUUGAUCCCACAGCAAUCCAUCAAUGAAGCCAUACGGACAUCGACACUCCCGCGAAACAGUGGGGCAGGAACCAGCGGUGGCGGCAGUGGAGAAAACGGCCGGGUGGUCAGCCAUGACUUCCCCAAGUCCAUGCAGUCGAUUCCCUGCAUGAGCCACAGUUCAGGGAUGCCCUUGGGAGCCACAGGAUUGUAA